UUUAUUGGAUUAAGUAAAUUAUUAUUCUAUCUUUUAGCUUAUUAUAUUAGAUUUGCUAUAAGGAGUUAUUGGUCAUUGUGUAGGUCAAUUUAACUUGAUAAUAUAAAAGAUUUAUUCAGGUUAAUACACUGUGAGACGUAGCUACUUUUAGUAAAGGAGUUCAUUGAAUUUGCUUUGUCCAGAAAAUUACACAUAUAAAAUGGAUAAAAAGCAUAUAGUAUAACAUAGGUUAAAGCAUUAGAUGUGUUACUUUGACGUUUUUUGAAUUCAAAUUUCUGGCUUUGGCUGCUGAGACUACAGUUAUGGCAUGUGUUAAUGGUGAUCAUAAUUCAUAGUACUACUUCAUAUUAUUAUUACUAAUGUCUGACUGCAGCUAUUAGGAGAUGCUGUUAAUAUGCAUCUCUCUCCUCUCCUACAAACCUAUAAAUAACCAAAGGCAGUUCAACAUUUCUUUUUUCAAAUCUUGAAGCAUAUUCAGAUUCAUACCACACUGGUGGUUGCUCUGCUGUACGGGGGGACACAGGGAAAAAAAUUGUUAUAAGAGAAACAAUGUCUUCUGCAGGACUGCGGUUAAAUGCUCAAAAUGACUAUGUGGUGAUAAACAAUGGAGUAGUGGAAAUAACAUGGACAAAUCCAGGGGGAAUUAUCAGAGGGAUAAAGUACAAGGGAAUUGACAACUUGCUCGAACUAAACAAUAAAGAUUUGAAUGGAGGGUUCUGGGACCUUAAUUGGAGUGAGUCUGGUAGUACAAAAACAAGGGGAAAGUUUGACACGAUAGAAGGAACAGAUUUGCAAGUUAUAGUGGAAAAUGAGAAGCAGAUUGAGCUGUCAUUCACAAGAAUGUGGAAUCCAGCAGUCCAGGGUGAACAAGCUCCUUUAUAUAUUGAUAGAAGGUUUGUAGUAUUUCGUGAUGUCCCAGGAUUUUACUCAUAUGCCAUCUUUGAGCACACGAAAGACAUGCCUUCUUUCAACCUUAACACAACCAGAAUCGCUUUCAUGCUCAAUAAAGAAAAGUUUCACUACAUGGCCAUAACAGAUGAUAGACAAAGAUUUAUGCCUAGUGCAGAAGACCGGCUUGCAGAGAGAGGCCAAGCGCUAGCCUAUCCUGAAGCAGUUCUCCUUGUUGAUCCUAUAGAACCUGAAUUCAAAGGAGAGGUGGAUGACAAAUAUCAAUAUUCACUUGAAAACAAAGAUAAUCAAGUGCAUGGAUGGAUAUGUUUUGACCCUCCUGUGGGAUUUUGGCAAAUCACUCCUAGCAAUGAAUUUAGAACAGGAGGACCCUUCAAACAAGAUUUAACCUCGCAUGUGAACCCGACUACCCUUGCUAUAUUUCUAACUUCCCACUAUGCUGGUCCAGAUCUUUUGGUAAAAUUCGAGCCUGGUGAGGAGUGGAAGAAAGUCCUCGGGCCCGUGUUCACAUAUUUUAAUUCUGUAUCAGACAAAGAAAUGGCUCUAACACUUUGGGAUGAUGCAAAAAGACAGAUGAACAAAGAAGUCCAGUCCUGGCCCUAUAGUUUCCCAGCUUCUGAAGAAUUUCCUAAGUGUGGUCAAAGGGGCAUAGUUAAAGGUCGAUUGUUAGUACAAGACAGAUACUUAAGCAAGGGAAAUUUACCUGGAAAAGAUGCAUAUGUAGGACUCGCAGCUCCAGGAGAUGCUGGAUCAUGGCAAAGAGAGAAUAAGGGUUACCAAUUUUGGACUACAACAGAUGAAGACGGCUACUUUGUCAUUGAGAACAUACGUGCAGGAUCAUAUAGUCUUUAUGCAUUGGUACCUGGAUUUAUCGGGGAUUACAAGUAUGAAGUUGUAAUAACUAUAACAGAAGGUUGUAAUAUUGAGUUGGGUGAGCUUGUUUAUGAGCCUCCAAGAGAUGGUCCUACCUUGUGGGAGAUCGGUAUCCCUGAUCGCUCUGCUGCAGAAUUUUAUAUUCCCGAUCCAAACCCAAAAUAUGUUAACAAACUUUACAUAAAUCAAGACAAAUUUAGACAGUAUGGUUUGUGGGAGAGAUAUGCAGAGUUAUAUCCUGAUAAUGAUUUAGUCUACACAGUUGGAGUUAAUGAGUAUCAAAAGGACUGGUUCUUUGCUCAGGUUAACAGGAAGAUAGGCGAAAAUGCAUAUCAAAGUACUACAUGGAAAAUCAAGUUCAAGAUUGAUAAUGUAAAUCUGGCUGGAGCAUACACAUUGCGUUUGGCGCUUGCAGCUGCCAAUCAUGCUGAACUGCAGGUCCGGAUCAAUGAUCCAACAGCAGAUCCUCCCCUAUUUUCAAGUGGAGAAAUCGGAGGAGACAAUGCAAUUGCAAGGCAUGCUAUUCAUGGGAUCUAUUGGUUGUUCAAUGUAACAAUACCUGGUUCUCUACUUUUGGGAGGAGAAAACAUCAUAUUAUUGACACAAACAAAGACCGCCAACGCUUUCCAAGGGAUUAUGUAUGACUAUAUUCGCUUGGAAGGUCCCUCGUGCUAGAGUGAAAACCUUUGAUUUUUCCACACAGAGAACUACUCAUUUGUUGCCACAAAUAAAAAAGAUUAUACAUUUCUACAGCAUUCUCACACUUUUAACUAGAGCUGCAGUAAUUUGAUAGAGAUCUCUUCAAGUUGGACUGCCUGAGAUGGAUUUUACUUUCCAAUAUUUGGCUACUACAUAAGGAGGCAACUUUUAUGCAUCAAAUAAUAAAAUGCUCUCCUUUCCCUGGUCUUCACUUUUA